AUAUUGACAAGCUUGCGAUCUCUUUUCGCAAGAUCUGUCUGAACAGUGAGGGGAUUCCUAGGUUUCAGAGCAAAAUAAUGGCUCCACUCAACUACUUGUGUUUUAGAAAGGUAGUGUUGUUGCUCUAUUUCAUUCUCUUCCUCUUCUCUUGUUCUUCUUUCUUUGUCACUUUUGCCUCAUCAGAAACUUCAGUUGAUGAUGAGGUACAAACACAAUCUAUCCUAGUUCCCCAUUUUCGAGUGAGAAGAUUGUUGGUGAAAGAUCUGGAUAUUGGUGAUGAUGACGAUGAAACAAAUCCUCCUCCUCCUAAGAAAAAGAAGCUUACUGGUUCUGUUUCUUCUUCUUCAUCAUCAUCAACAUCAGGUACUAAGAAGAAUCAAACCAAGCUCAUUAAACCGAUCUCUUCUUCCUCUUCUUCUUCGUCUUCCAGCAAGAACCAGACUAAACUCGCUAAGACUUCCAUGGGUACGUCAUCCAAACUCAACUCCACCAAAUCUUCCUCUAACACGACCAAGAGCAGCUUAGAGCUCAAGAAGCUCACUUCCGGAACCAAAUCCUCAAAUUCUACAAAACCCACUACUUCCUCGAUAAAAAAACCAACGGAUCUGUCCAAAUCGAGCUCAUCCAAAAACAAAAUCACCACGAAAUCCCCAAGUUCAAAACUUUCUCCUCCUCCAGAGAAGAAGAAAGCACCGUCCUCGGAGAAAUCCUCAAAGACCGUCACCAAAUCGAAACAGCCGGAGAAAGAAAUCAAACCUUUCUGGCUCGACGACGAGGAAGACGACGAUUUCGUCAGCGAAUUCAGAGAUCUACCAACGAGAUUCCAAAGAUCCCUGAUCCCAGACCUGGAGCGAAUCUCGACCACAUCCAAAAACUACAUCAACAAAGCCAACAAAGAGAUCACCAAAAACUUCAAACCCUAUUUCGGCAACAAAUACGCACCAACCAUAGCCUCAGUGGUCUCCUUCGUCUUCAUCCUCGUCCCUCUACUCUUAGUCUCCCUCAUUUUCAACCGAUUCAAAGCCUAUUUCUCACUCCAGAAAAUCCUAAUCUUCAUCCAAAUCUACCUCUCGAUCUACUUCUCAAUCCUAUGUCUCUCAUCACUCGUCACGGGCAUCGAACCGCUCAAGUUCCUCUACGCCACAUCGAGCUCCACAUACGUUUGCUUGCAGAUCCUGCAAACACUCGGCUACGUCUUCUACCUCUUGCUUCUUCUCAUGUACCUCGUUCUCGUCUUCUCGACGGAAUGUGGUUUGGGCCUCAAAGUAUUGGGCCUAGCCCAAACAUUCGUCGGGUUUGCCGUGGGUUUGCAUUAUUACGUGGCGGUGUUUCAUAGGGUGGUGCUUCGUCAGCCUCCGAAGACUAACUGGAAGGUGCACGGUGUUUAUGCCACGUGUUUUCUUCUGAUUUGUCUGUUAUCUAGUGCCGAGCGGAGGAAGAAAGAGUACUUGGAAGAAGGCGGUGACGAAGGGAAGAAAAAUUGAAAUUUUCAUUUUAUUUACAUCUUUUUAUUUUCUUUGUAAUUUUCUACUUAAUUUCGAUAAUUUCGGCAAAUAUUCGCUGAGAAUGCAAUAGAAGAACAAUUACUACAGUGGGGGAGGGGUUGGAGAAUUUUACUUCAAUUGUAUUUAUAAUUCAAUCGAUGAAUGUGGA